AUGGUUAUGUUUUCCUUUCCCAAAGCCAUCUCAGAUUCUGCAUUACAGCAAAAGCUGCUGCAAGAGGCUAGCUGCCUAAGAACCAACAGGAACCGGAGAUUUCAGAGUGUGGUUUUCCGAGUCACUUACCUCCUUUGCUUCAGUGCUCUGAUCGCUGAACUAAUAAACCAAAGAGAAGUGGCAGCUUGGACGUAUCAUCACAGCACAAAUGCAUAUACAUGGAAUGUUUCCCGGGCAUUCUGCCGGAAGUACUACACAGAUUUAGUGGCCAUCCAGAAUAAAAAUGAAAUUGCUUACCUCAAUGAUUUUAUACCUUUCUACAAAUCUUACUACUGGAUUGGCAUCCGAAAGAUCAAUAACACUUGGACUUGGGUGGGAACCAACAAGACUCUCACUGAGGAUGCCAAGAACUGGGCUGAAAAUGAGCCCAACAACAAGCAGAACAAACAGGACUGCGUGGAAAUCUACAUCAAGAGCUUAUCGGCCCCUGGCAAGUGGAAUGAUGAGCCCUGCUGGAAAAAAAAGCGGGCCCUAUGCUAUACUGCCUCCUGCCAGAGCAUGUCUUGCAGCAAGCAGGGAGAGUGCAUCGAGACCAUCAGCAACUACACCUGUUCCUGCUACCCUGGAUUCUAUGGACCAGAAUGUGAAUAUGUCAGGGAGUGUGGAGAAUUAGAUCUACCUCAAUACAUGCUGAUGAACUGCAGCCACCCUCUGGGAAAUUUCUCUUUCAACUCACAGUGCAACUUCCACUGCACUGAAGGAUACACAUUGAAGGGACCCAGCAAACUGGAAUGUUUGGCUUCUGGAAACUGGACAAAUAAACCCCCACAGUGUGUAGCCACCCACUGUCCACCCCUGAAGACUCCUGAACGAGGAAGCAUGGCCUGUCUUCCCUCUUCAGAAGAACUCCAGCACCAGUCCAGCUGUAGCUUCCAUUGUGAAGAAGGAUUCACACUAGUUGGGGCAGAAGAGGUGCAGUGCACUGCCUCUGGGAUGUGGACAGCCCCAGCCCCAGUAUGUAAAGCUGUGCAGUGUCAGCUCCUGGAAGCCCCCAGCAAAGGAACCAUGGACUGUGUUCAUCCACUCGCUACCUUUGCAUAUGGCUCCACCUGUAAAUUUGAAUGCCAACCUGGCUAUCAAGUGAGGGGCUUGGACACUCUCCGCUGCAUUGGCUCUGGUCAGUGGACUGCACCCAUGCCAGCAUGUGAAGCCAUUGCAUGUGACUCAGUGGAGGCUCCUGUCCACGGAAGUAUGGAUUGUUCCCCGUCCUCACAUGGAUUUCAGUACAACAGCAACUGUAGCUUCCAUUGUGCCAAGGGUUUCCUUCUGAAAGGAGCUGAGACGGUUCAGUGUUCUGACUUGGGACAGUGGACAGCACCAGCACCAGUCUGUCAAGCUCUGCAAUGCCAAGAUCUUCUGGCUCCCAACAAGGCCCAAAUGAACUGCUCCCACCCCUUUGGUGCCUUCAGGUACCAGUCAGCCUGCAGCUUCACCUGUGAUGAAGGAUUGCUCCUGGUGGGUGCUAAUGUGCUGCAAUGCUUGGCUAUUGGGAACUGGAGCGCUGUGCCUCCGGAAUGCCAAGCUAUUACAUGCACACCUCUGCUAAGCCCUCAGAAUGGAACAAUGACCUGUGUCCAACCUCUUGGAGAUUCCAGUUAUAAAUCCACGUGCCAAUUCAGCUGUGAUGAGGGAUUUUCUUUAUCUGGACCAGAAAGGUUGGAUUGUACUUCAUCUGGAUACUGGACAGGUUCCACACCAACAUGUGAAGCUAUCAGGCGUCCAGAGUUGUUUCCCCCAGAAUGGGGCAGCAUAGAUUGUUUUGACACCCAUAGGGAAUUCAAUGUUCGCUCCACCUGCCAUUUCUCCUGUAGCAAGGACUUUAAGCUGAAAGGGUCUGUGAAUGUUGAAUGCACAACUUCUAGAAAAUGGACAGCAACACAUUUUCUCACAACAGGUAUGGCAUCAGCUCCUCCUUCAGAGAUGCAAUGCCCAGCCCUCAUCCCUCCUGGGCAGGGAACAAUGUCUUGCAAUCAUGAGCUGGGAACCUUUGGUUUGAAUACCACUUGCUACUUUGGAUGUGAUGCUGGGUUCACACUCACAGGAGAAAGCGCUCUCCAAUGCAGACCUUCAGGACAAUGGACAGCAGUAGUUCCAAUGUGCAGAGCUGUCAAAUGCUCUGAGCUGCACAUUAUUAAGCCAAUAGUGAUGAACUGCUCCAACCCCUGGGAAAAUUUCAGCUAUGGAUCAACCUGUACCUUCCAUUGUCCAGAGGGUCAAUUACUUAAUGGCCCAGCAAGAACAGCAUGCCAAGAGAAUGGUCACUGGUCUACUACAGUGCCAACCUGUCAAGCAGGGCCAUUGACUGCCCAGGAAGCCCUGACUUAUUUCGGUGGAGCCGUGGUUUCUGUAACUGCUCUCUUGAUAGGUGGGACACUCCUGGCUUUGCUAAGAAAACGUUUCAAACAAAAAGAUGAUGGGAAAAGCCCCUUGAAUCCUCAAAGCCACCUAGGAACAUACGGAGUUUUUACAAAUGCUGCAUUUGACCCAAGCCCUUAA